CCCGAAAACUGCUCGAAAAGAAAAAAAAUUGGCAAAACUUGGAGCUGUCAAUGCUGCUUAUCGCAGAAAAGCUGAAGCCCCAACUUUGCCUGUUCAUAACAAAAUAAUCUGUGUCCCGAACGACUUAUCUUCGCAAUUUUCCGAUAAAUUCCAGGAUGACUGACGUACUCAACAGUGUUCACAACUCGGAUAAAGUGUCUGCCCUCAUAAAGGAAGCCGAAUGUCUCAAAACUAAGCUAGAAGAGGAGCGCCAGAAGCUGAACGAUGUUGCCCUAUCGUCGGUGGCCGAACGCUUGGAAAUGAUAAGUUACCUGAACAUUAAACCACGCCGUGUUCUUAAAGGCCACCAGGCUAAAGUACUGUGCUCAGAUUGGUCUCCGGACAAGAGGCAUAUUGUUUCCUCAUCGCAGGACGGCAAGCUGAUAAUAUGGGAUGCAUUUACCACCAACAAGGAGCAUGCGGUUACCAUGCCAACAACGUGGGUUAUGGGAUGUUCAUACGCACCGUCCGGCAAUCUUGUGGCAUGCGGUGGGCUGGACAACAAGGUGACGGUGUAUCCGAUUGCACUCGAGGAGGAUAUUUCGUCCAGGAAGAAAACGGUCGGAACGCACACAAGUUACAUGUCGUGCUGUAUCUUUCCCAAUUCCGAUCAACAAAUUUUAACUGGUAGCGGCGAUUCUACCUGCGCUUUGUGGGAUGUAGAGUCAGGACAGUUGUUGCAAAGUUUUCACGGCCACACAGGGGACGUAAUGUCGAUUGACUUGGCGCCUAACGAAACGGGCAAUACCUUUGUAUCGGGUAGCUGUGAUAAGAUGGCAUUUAUAUGGGAUAUGCGAUCGGGCCAUGUUGUGCAAUCGUUUGAAGGGCAUCAGUCGGACGUGAACAGCGUGAAAUUUCAUCCCAGCGGUGAUGCGAUUAGCACUGGUUCAGACGACAGUACCUGUCGCUUGUUUGAUAUGCGAGCCGACAAAGAGGUCGCCGUUUUCAGUAAAGACAGCAUCAUUUUUGGUGUCAAUUGCGUCGACUUUUCCGUGAGCGGUCGUUUGCUAUUCGCUGGCUACAAUGAUUACACCGUAAAUGUGUGGGACACUCUUAAGGCACAGCGCGUGUGUCUGCUGUACGGGCACGAGAACAAAGUUUCUUGUCUUCAGGUAUCGCCAGACGGAACGGCGUUGUCUACAGGCAGCUGGGACUACACACUGAGAAUUUGGGCUUAAUUUGAGCUAGAAAUUCAUCUUCACUAUAUUGACAGUAUUAAUAUUCAAAAGCGCUCCGAUUGCAGAAUCGGAUCAAGCCAGAUCUGGGCUUAUCAUAAACCUUACCCCAAUAUGAUACCAAAAUUACUGGAUGUUUACCAAAAUUAAACGGAAGAUAUUACUGAAAUCGAAAACCAAAUAAUAGAUAUAUGCUCCCUUGAAUAUAAGGUUCGACGUAUGCGUGUUGUGUCGUUUUUUAUGAUUUUCUCCCGCUUAUCUCUCUAGCGAAGGUUACCAAUGUGUUGUUCAAAUUAUAGAAAAUAGAGUGCGAAAUAUAAUAACACAAUAAACUAGAAUCUAACGGAGAUAGUCAAA